CUUGAGUUCACAUAUUUUCAGUCCUCUGUUGGGAGGAUGAGCACCCCCCCACCACCACCCAAGUGUGAUAAAUUGAAAGCUGUGAUUGCAGCAAAUAGAAUGAAAUAGGGAGACCCUUCCCCAUCCCUUCCAGUUGAUCCCUUAACCUCCUGGAACACAGCUGCCAUCCCAGUCGAUGCCCCUUCUUGCCAGAGAGCAGGGAUCUGCCUGGAGGGGCUCUCUCUGGGAACAACAGGAGGAGAAAACCAGACAGACAUCGUGGAGGCUGUGCCCAAGAAAGUAAGAAAAAGUGUCAUCUCUGGAAUUGUGCUUGGAAUAUGCAACAGACAUGUCAGAGAUAAAGAAGAAAACCACUAGAGUUUCUCUGACCAUCAGUUCUCCAGUUAAUGAAAACUCCAACAUCAGAUCAAGUUAUUCUACGUUAGUUCAACCAUUGUGUAUUGACCCCCAGAGGAUGCAGAGCCCCUGCAGUAGCCUGUCAGGAUCCAUUUGUGUGGUGGCCCCUGUGUUCACCAAGCAUCUUCAAGACAUCUCUACAACCAGAGGUCAGAUUGUCGUGUUUGAAUGCCGAGUGCAGGCCACGGCUUCAGUUCAAGUUCACUGGUACAGAGAGGAAGAGCAGAUUGCCAGCUCAGAUGACUUCCGGAUUCUGAGGAAAAAAGCUUGUUUAUCAUCCAUUCCUGAGGAAGUCUGCACCUUGAUUAUCACGGAAGCAUUUCCUGAAGACUCUGGGGAGUUCAAGUGCGUUGCAGAAAAUGAGGCUGGAACUGCAGUUUCGGCAGCCAGACUCUUUGUUUCCCCAGAAGGAAAAGAAGUAGAAAAAUCUAAGAGUUCUCCCAAGUUUUCCAUGAGCAAAUUCUCUCCCAAACUGGCCUCCUUCCCCUGGGAAAAUGAAGGCUACACAAAGGACAAAAAUCCAGACGAUACCCCAAUAAACCUUAUGCCAUCUAAUCCUGAACCAGCCACUUACAAUGAACAGGAGAUCCAGGUGGUAAAAACGGAUGUCUGCACCAUCAAUGGAAAUUCCCCCGAGGUACAACCACAAUGGUAA